ACCUCAGCCUUGUAAAGAUGCCAGAAGCGUCAAGGGAUUUGAGUCAUAAUCGGUUGUCUAACUGGAACAUCAGCUUAGAAUCACAAACGUUACAGGAAGUGAAAAUGAAUUACAAUGAACUAACAGAAAUCCCGUAUUUUGGAGAACCAACAUCUAAUAUUACUCUACUUUCAUUAGUCCAUAAUAUAAUCCCAGAAAUAAAUGCACAGGCGCUCCAGUUUUACCCUGCUCUGCAGAGUUUAGACCUCAGCUCAAAUAUAAUAUCAGAAAUCAGGACAUCUUCAUUUCCUCACAUGCAGCUUAAAUACCUGAAUUUAAGUAAUAACAGGAUAACCACCUUGGAGGCUGGCUGCUUCGAUAAUUUAUCGAGUUCCUUAUUAGUGGUAAAGUUAAACCGUAACCGAAUUAGCAUGAUUCCACCUAAGAUCUUCAAGCUGCCUCACCUCCAAUUCUUGGAACUUAAAAGAAACAGAAUUAAAAUUGUGGAAGGCCUUACAUUCCAAGGGCUUGACUCCUUAAGAUCUUUGAAAAUGCAGCGGAAUGGAAUUAGCAAACUUAAGGAUGGAGCAUUUUUUGGCUUAAAUAACAUGGAAGAACUAGAACUGGAACACAAUAACCUUACACGAGUGAACAAGGGAUGGUUGUAUGGCUUGCGAAUGUUACAGCAGCUCUAUGUGAGCCAGAAUGCUAUUGAAAGAAUCAGCCCUGAUGCAUGGGAGUUCUGCCAAAGACUAUCCGAACUUGAUUUGUCCUAUAACCAGCUGACCCGCCUGGAUGAAUCUGCCUUUGUGGGUCUGAGCUUAUUGGAGAGAUUGAAUUUGGGAGACAACAGAGUCACUCAUAUUGCUGAUGGUGUAUUUAGAUUUCUUUCCAAUCUUCAGACAUUAGACUUAAGAAACAAUGAAAUUUCAUGGGCCAUAGAGGAUGCUAGUGAAGCCUUCGCUGGACUCACAAGUCUCACUAAAUUAAUCUUACAAGGAAACCAGAUUAAGUCAAUUACAAAGAAAGCGUUCGUUGGUCUUGAAUCCCUUGAGCAUCUAGAUUUGAACAAUAAUGCUAUAAUGUCUAUCCAAGAAAAUGCUUUUUCUCAGACUCAUUUGAAAGAACUGAUUCUGAACACAAGCAGUUUGCUCUGUGACUGCCAUUUGAAGUGGCUACUUCAGUGGUUGAUUGAUAAUAACUUUCAACAUUCUGUGAAUGUAAGCUGUGCACACCCUGAAUGGCUAGCAGGGGAAAGCAUCCUGAAUGUGGAUCUGAAAGAUUUUGUCUGUGAUGAUUUUCUUAAGCCACAGAUAAGGACACAUCCUGAAACCAUAAUUGCUCUAAGAGGCAUGAAUGUGACUCUGACGUGCACUGCAGCGAGCAGCAGUGAUUCACCCAUGUCCACUGUGUGGCGCAAAGACAGCGAAAUCCUGUAUGACGUGGAUAUUGAGAAUUUUGUUCGUUAUCGGCAGCAAGCUGGAGAAGCUCUGGAAUAUACUAGUAUCUUACAUCUUUUCAAUGUGAAUUUCACAGAUGAAGGAAAAUAUCAGUGUAUUGUUACUAAUCACUUUGGUUCUAAUUAUUCUCAGAAAGCCAAACUGACUGUAAAUGAGAUGCCAUCUUUUCUGAAAACGCCAAUGGAUCUGACUAUUCGCACUGGUGCCAUGGCCAGAUUAGAAUGUGCUGCAGAGGGACACCCUGCACCUCAGAUUUCCUGGCAGAAAGAUGGUGGUACUGACUUCCCUGCGGCUCGAGAAAGACGCAUGCACGUCAUGCCCGAAGAUGACGUUUUCUUUAUUGCCAACGUGAAAAUAGAAGAUAUGGGAAUCUAUAGCUGCAUGGCACAAAAUACAGCAGGCGGUCUCUCAGCAAAUGCUUCCCUAACAGUGUUAGAGACACCCUCAUUUAUUAGACCCCUGGAGGAUAAGACAGUAACCCGAGGUGAAACUGCGGUGUUACAGUGCAUAGCUGGAGGGAGUCCUGCCCCUCGUCUCAACUGGACUAAAGAUGAUGGGCCUUUGCUGGUGACAGAACGACAUUUCUUUGCUGCAGCCAAUCAGCUUCUCAUCAUUGUAGAUGCUGGGCUAGAAGAUGCUGGGAAAUACACCUGCAUUAUGUCUAACACCCUUGGGACAGAACGUGGCCACAUUUACCUAAAUGUCAUUUCAUCCCCCAAUUGUGACUCUUCCCAGAGUAGCAUUGGGCAUGAAGAUGAUGGCUGGACCACAGUUGGCAUUGUCAUCAUUGUUGUGGUCUGCUGUGUUGUUGGCACUUCUUUGAUCUGGGUCAUUGUUAUUUACCACAUGAGAAGGAAAAAUGAAGACUAUAGUAUCACAAACACAGAGGAGCUCAAUCUGCCGGCAGACAUUCCCAGCUACUUGUCUUCCCAAGGAACGCUGUCUGAGCCACAGGAAGGCUACAGCAACUCUGAGGCAGGCAGUCACCAGCAACUUAUGCCUCCUGCCAAUGGAUAUAUACACAAAGGCACUGAUGGUGGCACUGGUACCCGGGUGAUUUGCUCAGAUUGUUACGACAAUGCCAACAUCUACUCCAGGACCCGAGAAUACUGUCCAUACACCUAUAUUGCUGAGGAGGAUGUUCUUGAUCAGACACUGUCAAGCCUCAUGGUCCAGAUGCCUAAAGAGACAUAUUUAGCACAUCCUCCCCAGGAUACUACUGCCCUAGAGAGCCUGAUAUCGUCAGCUGACAGAGAGCCAUCUGCCUUUCCCACCAACCAUGAGAGGAUAAGUGAGAAGAAACUUCCGUCCACACAGAUGAGCGGUGAAACAUUGCAGCGGCCCGUCUGGAACAUAAACAGAGAACUAGGCCUGCCUCAUCCUCCUUUUUCCCAGCAGCCAGUCCAUGAGUCGCCACAACUUCAUCAAAAUGAGGGCUUGGCAGGGCCGGAGCCAGACUGUUCCGCUUCUUCCAUGUCCUGCCACAGGUUACAGGAUCAUGGUUUUGAUUUUAGUAGGACUCGGAACAUUCAAGAUGGUAGUGAAGGCACAUGAAACCCACUUCAGGAUGAAAUCUGGGCAGAGACUCAUUAAUUAAUUUUGCAUUUACUACCUCAGAGCUCAGAAGAAACUCCGAAGUCAGCAUUUGCUUUACUCUUUCUUUAUGAUUGCAUCUGACUGCACCAAGGUGGGCCAUGCGUUGUUUGGUCUUAUACCUGAUGAAGAAAUGGUAACGGUUGACAGAAAUGGGUACAGCUCAUCAAAAAUGUGCAUCAUCGGCAGAGGGAAGAUACGGGGCAAAUGUGCUUCUGGAUGGUUCCAUGGCAAUGUGCCCCGGUGUGCAUCUGCCUGUCAGGAAGAGUCACAUUGCUGCUUAACCUGCUGUAUUGCCCUAGUCUUCAGAAUGGUCCUGAGAAAACAUCACUACUUUGAUGUUCUGCUUUGCCUUCCAAGGAGCAAAAAUAACUUUGGAGCCUUCUGGGAAGUGUGCCUGGGAUUCUUCAGUGGUUUCAGGCAGAUAGUUGAGACAGGCUUUGAUAUUCAAGGUCUUUGGCAAGAAUCCCAGGCUUGACCAAUUGGUACCAGGUCAAAGGUUUUUGUAUUCUUGUGAAUUUUUUUUUGUCCCUAUUGCCCAGGGAUGUCACUGUAAAUACAUGUACAUUUAUAAAUAAUUUUUGUAUUCAUUGACCAUAUGUGUUGGCUGCAAUGUAAAUAUUUUUGAUAUGCCAAAAUUAUAUAUAAUAUUCAGUUAUAAUAUUGACAAGUAGCUUCUCAGAUCACAGAUUUUAAAUAACUCAAUUUAGUGAUAUCUAAAAAUUUUAUUUAAAGUAUAAAAGCUGUGGCUCACUCCUGUAAAUCCCAGCAUUCUGAGAGGCUAAGGUGGGAGGAUUGCUUGAGGCCAGGAAUUUGAGACCAGGCUGGGCAACAUGGUGAGACCCUGUCUCUGCAAAAAAUAAAUUUAAAAAAUAGCUGGGCAUUGUGGCAUGCUGUUGUAGUCCUAGCUACUUGGGAGGCUGAGGUGGGAGGGUCACUUGAGCCCGGGAAAUCAAGGCUGUAGUGAGCUGUGUGAAGCCACUGCACCCCAGCCUGGGUGACAAAGUGAGACCUGGCUCAAAAAUAAAUAAAAUAAAUAAAUAAAAAGUUUUAAAAACUUA